UCAGUAAGCCGGAGAUAUAUCAACGUAAACGGCGACCCUCCCCUCUAAGAAGCGGUCGACUGGCCCUUUAAGGGUUAUGUAGCCGGGCUAGAUGUAGGACGAGCCGACCGCGCGUCUGCCUGCCUACCCUGCGCUCGCGCUGCCAUCCCCCGUCAUGGCCUCCGCGCAGCCGCCACCGACACCACCGAGGAUGAACCGACCAGCCAGCGGCCCUUCCCUUCCCGAAGCGGAGACGGACGUAAAACCGAAGCAGAGGCACCGGUAGAGGCGAGCCGCGCCGGGGAGAGCCGCCUCACAUCCCACCACAUGCCACUCCGGUCUCCUCCAUGCCUUCGUCUAAAGACAAGUACAGCUAUUCGAUAAAGAGGGGGGCGAACCCGGGCGGCGGCGGCGGCAGCGGUGGCGGCAGAAACAUGACAACGAACAGGGAUUAUUCUGUUAAUCUGUCGGUGCAGCAAGUGCUGAGCCUUUGGGUGCAAGGCACGACGCUGCAGCACUUCACAGAGAUGUGGUACUGGGUGUUCCUGUGGUGUCUCUUCUCCUCGCUCUUCCUCCACGGGGCGGUGGGGCUGCUCAUGUUGGUCAUGCUGCAGCGCCACAAGAGGGGCCGCCUCAUCACGCUGGUGCUGGUCAGCGCGGGUUUCCUGGCCUCCCUCUCCGGAGGCGUCAUCACCAGCGCGGCGGUGGCGGGGGUGUACCGCGUGGCGGGGAAGGACAUGGCGCCGCUGGAGGCCCUGGUGUUAGGCGUGGGCCAGACCGCCCUCUCCGUCAUCAUCUCCUUCUCACGCGUCCUCGCCACUCUGUGAAGAGGAACCUUCACUGGACAAGCUGCAGCACUGAUGCUGAGGCGAGAGCGAGCCACAUCGGAGCCAAUCGAAGACUUUUCUUUGGUGGUUCGCAGAUGGAAGAGGAGGCAGAAGAUGCUCUGGACCUUUAGGGGGGGCUGGAUGGCUGGAGCGUGAGCGUGAGCGCCAGGCGGAGACGCCGCCAUCCUCAGCUCCUGGACUUGAAAGCCAUGCUUUUUUUUCAGAGUUGCAUCACUUCUUCGUGCCAACAGCCUUCUCUGGGACAUCCAGAUGCCUUUUAUGGCCACUGACUCUUGAAGGCUUUCUGUUGCACCUUUGGGGGCGCGGGGGACGGGGGGGGACGGGGACACACCUCCUUUUAAAAAGAAAAAAAAACAGCAGCGUAAUGACCUGUAAGGAUGACCUGGCGAUCUCCUUCGAACAAAAGUUGAGCAAUGAGUGGUGUUCAGGGAGUGACAACCCGACAUUUGAUCGUCAGCGAAAAACGCCAUUUUUCUUCAGUAUUGAACAUCAGCCUCACCUCUAGGUCUUCACCACGGUCAUUCCUUCUCCCUUCAACGGUUUUUUUUAAAGCUGCGCGAUCGACCCGCAGCUUUGAGUUUUGCACUUUGUAAAUGUUUGAGACGCCCUACGCCUAACGUGGUGUGAAAUCAGUAGACGUGGAGGAGAGAAAAACCAGCACUGGCGCUUCGGUUGGUUUGAAAUAUUGAUUCGAUGUGCCAACGACACACCCAGGAAUAUUUCGACAUAUUUCGGGAAAUAACCUCGCUCACUUUCUCGCUGAGAGUUAGAUUCACAUCUGUACGGUAAAUAUGAAGCUCGAAAGUUAGCUUAGCUUAGCAUAAGGACUAGAAACAGCUAGCCUGGCUCCCUCCAAUGGCAACAAAAACCUUCCUACUAGCACCUCUAAAGCUCAAUCAUUAACAUGUCAUGCAUCUCGUUUGUUUAUGUUUAUGUUUAUGUUUUAUGUACCCGACUGUCCGCUGCAACCUAAUGGAGCUAAAAGCAGCUGUGGCAAGCCAAGAAAUAGUCUGCCACAUAGCCCCCUGUAAAUCAACAAGUUGUGCGUUCUUACACUUUGUAUUAAACAAACGAGAUGUCAAGUUACUAAUCAGUGCACUUAAGAGGUCCCGGUAGUCGGGCAGGGUACCGAUUACUCGGUGGUACCGACGUAAUUCGGUCUGUACCCUGAAAAGUACAGAGUUCGGUACCCAACAUUUCCUAGUAGGCAGACCCAGGCUACUUGUUUCAGGUCUUCGUGCUAAGCUAAGCUAACUGGCUGCAGUUUCCAGCUUCAUUUUCUCUCUGCUCGAGAGUCACAUUUUCAGACAAACUCUUCUGCGUCUGGUGCAGAUUUUUUGUGAUAACGUUGGAAUCCAGCCGUGAUGUUUCUGACAUGGUCUGCUACUUUAUGAAUUUCCCCCUCGGAAAGCCAUCCCUGCCCGGUGAAGUUCGGACGGAUUCUGCUGCUCAAGGCGGCCAUCUUUUCUAUGGCUUCCUCUUUUCUCCGUGUUGUUUAUCAACCCAUGUUCCUUAAGUUUGACUUUGCAUAUUGCACUGAAAUGAAUCUGCCUUGUUUUUAGCACAACCUGCGCUGAUACCGCUCCUGGUGUGACCCAAUCCGGUAAUACAUCGUUAUACAUGCAUUACUGUGACUAGAAAGAUACACUAGUUUGUAUUUCAGUUUAAAGCUCUAGGUUUCUCCCAAAUCUCAAACUGAUUCUCUUGUGUGCAGCGGGAUGAGAGGAGUCCGGUCGCAAUGCCAAAGCACCGCUCACGUUCUAGCUUUAUUUAUCAUCUCCGUGUCAUUCCAUUAAUGUCACAGCCACGGUUUAUUCACUUUAUUCACUUUUUAGAAACGUUUGCACGUUGUCUGGAGCCGCAGACCCGCAGACGUGGCGGCGCAACUUGCAAAGUUAGUAUGAAUUUGACAAAGAAAGGACGUUUGUGUCGUUAAGCGGUGUGUGGUUUUGCAUCUCUAAAAUAUCAUAAUGUUCACAUGAGUUAUGUAAUGCCAUGUCAAGCUCACCGUCAGUA